AGAGAAUUCAAGCAUUUGUUUUGAGGGAAAACAGAAAAAAUAAAGAAUUACAUGGACUUUGCAAACAGAUGUUAGCAAAUGAAAGUAAAAAAUUGAACUCGAUCCUGGAUUCAGAGAGGUUGCAGUGGAUAAGAAGUUUAAAAGCUUUGGUUCAAGAUUGCAGGAGGCUGAAUGAGAACUUGGACCGAAUGGCAGACCUCUCUGUUGUCUUCCAGAACUGAAGAUUGUAAAUAGCUGAGAAGUGGAAUUAAUGACUCUGACACUGAACCCCAGUUUAAGAAAUGUCAGGCAUUCGACCACCCAUCAUGAACGGGCCCAUGCACCCACGCCCUCUGGUAGCACUGCUGGAUGGCAGGGACUGUACCGUAGAAAUGCCAAUCUUGAAGGACGUUGCCACGGUUGCAUUUUGUGAUGCACAGUCCACACAAGAAAUACAUGAAAAGGUACUCAAUGAAGCAGUGGGUGCUCUGAUGUAUCACACCAUCACUUUAACUCGUGAAGAUCUGGAAAAGUUUAAAGCACUUCGAAUAAUUGUUCGAAUCGGAAGUGGUUUUGAUAACAUUGACAUCAAAUCUGCUGGAGAUCUAGGGAUUGCUGUCUGUAACGUCCCAGCGGCAUCAGUCGAAGAGACGGCAGAUUCUACACUGUGCCACAUCUUGAACCUGUACAGACGAACGACUUGGCUUCAUCAGGCCUUGCGUGAAGGCACGAGAGUGCAGAGCGUGGAGCAGAUUCGGGAAGUUGCCUCCGGGGCUGCCAGGAUCAGAGGGGAGACCCUGGGCAUUAUCGGGCUAGGACGAGUUGGGCAAGCAGUUGCACUGCGGGCAAAAGCCUUUGGCUUCAACGUCAUUUUCUAUGACCCGUACCUCUCGGAUGGCAUUGAGCGUGCCCUUGGGCUCCAGCGGGUGAGCACUCUGCAGGACUUGCUGUUCCACAGUGACUGCGUGACCCUCCACUGCAGCCUGAAUGAACACAACCAUCAUCUUAUUAACGAUUUCACCAUUAAGCAGAUGCGGCAAGGGGCCUUCCUGGUGAACACGGCUCGGGGAGGACUGGUCGACGAGAAAGCCCUUGCGCAGGCCCUGAAGGAGGGGCGGAUACGAGGGGCAGCGUUGGACGUGCACGAGUCGGAACCAUUCAGUUUUAGUCAGGGUCCUCUGAAGGAUGCACCAAAUCUGAUCUGCACCCCACACGCUGCCUGGUACAGUGAACAAGCCUCGAUAGAGAUGCGGGAGGAAGCAGCGCGGGAAAUCCGGAGAGCGAUCACAGGUCGUAUUCCAGACAGCUUGAAAAACUGUGUCAACAAAGAACACUUGACUGCAGCGACACACUGGGCCAGCAUGGAUCCAGGAGUCGUUCACCCAGAGCUCAAUGGCGCUGCAUACAGGUAUCCUCCCGGCGUGGUCAGCGUGGCUCCGCCUGGCAUCCCCGCAGCCGUCGAAGGAAUAGUACCCAAUGCCAUGUCUUUGUCACACGGGCUGCCGGCCGUGGCUCACCCUCCUCAUGCCCCUUCCCCCGGCCAGACAGUCAAACCAGAAGCCGAUAGAGACCACUCCAAUGACCAAUUGUAGCCCAAGAGAACACCAUUCCCAGCAUUGGGGGCUGCAGCUUUGGAAAGUGUGUGCAAAACCAGGUGGACUUUUAAGAGAUGCAAAACCCUGAACAUACUGGAGGAGACCAUAGAAGUUUUACAAACUGGUCCAAUAUGCAGUAUAAGGAGAAAAAAAUGGUGGGAGAAAGAAAGAAGAUUUGAAAACUUUAUUCCUCCAUAUAAAACGUAGUCUGUCCCUGUCCAGUGCCCCGACUCACUGUUUCUGUGUCCUGUGAGUUCUUCGUUAAGCCAGAGAAGUUAGUAGUUAAUUAUAUCAUGAAUGUACUUGUCUGUGUACAGUUUUUAGAACAUUAACAAGGGUUUGUUUGCUUAGUUGUCAACAAGGAAAACAUCGUAACGGAGGCGUUUGGCAAACCAAUUGGAGAUCCUUUGUUUUUAUAUGUUAAAUACGUGCCCAAAAAUGAGGCAGUUGGUGAACUUCUCAGGACAACAGGUUUUUUCCCCAUUUUUCUUUCUACGCCACACAGUGCAUUGUUUUUUCUACCUUCUUGUCUUAUUUUUUAGAAUAAUUUAAUAAAAUAAAAAAUGAUUUCUCCUAAUUUUGGCACAAUUUCCCCUUAUUUCAGAAUGAAGACAUUUCAAAGAGAUUUUGAGGUGCAAGUAAAAGUUUUGUAUAAAUAAGCAUCACACUUUUUGUCACCAGUUAAAGUAUAUAUUAUUGGUGGGAUGCAGAGAGAGCGUGCGAGAGCGAGUGAGCGAGAGCGCGAGUCUGAGGCACUAGACUACUGAAGAGUAGCAGCAUUUCAUUGCCUACAUGGAUUCCUUCCUGGUAAUGUGGUAGGCUAGCAAUAUUUUGGGUUAAAAUCAUGUUUGUGACUGUAU